AGAGGCGGGGCGUUUGGUGAAACUAGUAUCGUAUAUUUAUUUAGUCUUUCUGUGCAAAUAUGCUCACAGUAAAUGAUACCGACGCACAAAGGAUAUCUUUAAAUAGGAUAAGAUACAGGUUGAACAGGCGUUUGCUCAGCAUAACAGACUGACAAGCUAAGUUAUUACUUUCUAGGUCUUGUUCAGAGCCAUGGCCGGGACAUGGCUAGCCGCGCGAGCCUUUGAGGAUGAGGAGUGCAUGGAUAUUUUCGAGGAGGACAUGCGUUGGCUUUACCUGGCUGAAAGCGGAGAGUGGCAUAUGUUUGAUGAAAAUCCAAGUGAGAAGUGUACUGUGACCAAUAGAGAAAUUGAACGAAACUACUGCAGGAACUGGGAUGGAUUUAUGGAAUACAGCAUGGACAAUUGUAUUUACAUAUUGGAUUUCUCAGAGAUGAAACUGACCAACCUAGACACUGGAAAGGAGCAACCAGUUAAGCGCCAAUCUACACCUGGCCACAGGUCUCCAUACCCUGUUCCCUCCCACUGGGAAAAAGACUUCCCUUUUCAGCUCAUCCCACUGGACAGUAGUACUGAAGAAUGUAAAGAGGUAGUGAAGAGGUUUGCAGAGACAGUAUCUGACACCAUCAGGUCAAUAAAGAGGAUACAGAACCUAAAACUGUGGGAGUCCUUUUGCCGGAAGAAAGCACAGCUGACCCUGAUCAAACAAAUGCCUAUUGAUGAGAGAAGGUUGUUCCAUGGUACAGCCCACACAAACAUUUGGUCCAUAUGUGCUGCUAAUUUUGACUUGAAGUUUGUGGGAAGACAUGGUUCUGUCUCUGGAAAAGGGAUUUAUUUUGCAAAAUAUGCAAGCCUCUCAAAGGUCUACUGCGAUACACCAGUGAAACGUGACGGCAUAUUACCAUCACAGACCAUGAUCAUGGCUCGUGUGCUGGUCGGGGAGUACACACAGGGUCACUCAGGGAUGCAUCAAACUCCGCCCAAAGACACGACCAUGACAAGCUUCUAUGACAGCUGCGUAGAUUAUGUAUCUGACCCCAACGUUUUUGUGGUCUUCGACAGCAACCAGGUAUACCCCGAAUAUUUGAUUGAGUUCUAGCGAUGGUUACUCAGAGUGACUAGACAAAUCACAAAAAGGCUACACAGAACUGAAGUAAAUAUAACACUACACUUCUUGCCCUUUCAGCAGUACACUUCUUAGACUUCAUAUCAGUCAUGACAUUUAAAUUGUAUGAAGUCCUUUAGGAUAUAAUAAUCUCCCACAACUUUGCAGAGCUUGUUCAGUUAUGUCCUAGGGUCCCUCUCAUGUACACUGCUCUGUACUCCUUGAAUUUACAGUGCCGUGAGAGAGUAUUUUCCCUCUUCCUGAUUUCUUCUAUAAUUGCAUAACUGUCACAAUGAAUGGUUUCAGGUAUUUAGAUACAAUGUAAUAUUAGACAACAGGAAACUGAGUAAACACAAAUCACAUUUUGUUAAUUAUUAUUUCAUUUAUUUAAUGAAAAAAGUUAUCAAACACCAAUAUCACCAAUAAUUGACCCUUAGUUACUUAGUCAACUACUCAACAAGAUUUCAUUGGUAGUUAGAUUCAGCUGAUUGAACGCAGGCCAGGCUUGGUGAAUUUGAACCUCACUCAUAUUGAACUUUACAAUCAGAGUGAUGUAGUCACCACAAAGUUUCUACAAGCAUGCUACUUGAUCAGAGGAAAUUCCAGAAGAGAUGAGAAGAAAAGUUUUUGAAAUACACUACAGAGCCAAAAAUAUGUGUACAUCUGAGCAUCACACCCAUACGUGCUUGUUGAGCAUCUCAUUCCAAAAUCAUGGGCAUUAAUAUGGAGUUGGUACCCCCCCUUUGCUGCUAUAACAGCCUCCACUCUUCUGAAGAGGCUUUCCACUAGAUUUUGGAACAUUGGCUGUGGGGAUUUGCCUCCAUUAAGCCACAAGAGCAUUAGUGAGGCUGGCCACUGAUGAUGGGUGAUAAGGCCUGGCUCGCAGUUACCAUUCCAAUUCAUCCCAAACAUGUUCGAUGGGGUUGAGGUCAGGGCUCUGGUACAGGCCAAUCAUGUUCUCUAAAAAUUCUCUAGAAUAUCAUUGUUUGCUGUAGCAUUAAGAUGUCCCUUCAACUGAAACUAAGGGACCUUUCCCAAGCUAUGAAAAACAGUCCCAGACAGUUAUUCCACCAAACUUAACAGUUGGCACUAUGCAUUCGGGCAUGUAGCAUUCUCCUGGCAUUAGCCAAACCCCAAUUUGCCUGUCAGAGACUGCCAGAUAGUGAAGCAAGUUUCAUCUGUCCAGAAAAUGCAUAUCAAAUUAUCCACUGCUCCAGAGUCCAAUGGCAGUGUGCUUUACACCACUCCAGCCAACACUUGGCAUUGUGCAUGUUGAUCUUAGGCUUGUGUGCAGCUGCUUGGUUAUGGAAACCAAUUUUAUGAAGUUCUCGAACGAACAGUUCUUGUGCUGACGUUGCUUCCAGAGGCAGUUUGGAACUUGGUAGUGAGUGUUGCAGCUGAGGACAGACGAUUUUUAUUUGCAACGUGCUUCAGCGCUUGGCAGUCACAUUCUGUGAGCUUGUUUGGCCUACCACUUUGUUCAGCAGCUGAGCCGUUGUUGCUCCUAGACAUUUCCACUUCACAAUAUAACACAAGAUAACUUUUUUCCUUAAAUAAAUGAAAUAACUGGGGGCCAAGCAGCGAAGCUGCGUAGGGCACCCAUUGUGUUUCUACCUUUUCUUAUUAUUCAUCAUCAUCAUCUUUGUCUUCUGGCUAGGGUGUCUAUGGCAGCCCCUAGAACCGUAUGGUAAAAAGUUUUGAAAUUUGGCACACUGAUUGGGGACAGUCCCAUGAUUCUUUUCAUCAAGAUUCAUGCCUCCACCUCGAGCGCUGUAGCGCCACCAAUGGGUCAAACUUGGACGUACGUUUAUGCAUGUAAGUUGAGCCGUAUGCCCGAUUUUAAAAAAUGAGGUACUGUUGGAUUCCUUGGAUCAAGCCGAGU